CACACACACACACACACACACACUGGACGUUCGUUCAAAUGGCGACAACGCGCACAGGAGACUAAAGAAAAAAGGAGGCAGGAUAAACAAAGAGUCUGGUUCUUCAUAUUGUUCAGAAGCUGCGGGAUGUGACCGCUCUUCCGCUUUCUCCUCAGUCCACCAGGGAAACAGCAGCGAUACAACCAGCGAGUUUCCACCCGGAAACAGAUGCACAUCGGAGCAGAGACUGCAUACCAGCAACAUCUCAGCUGAGAAGAUCCAGUGGUUGGCACCACCAGGAUGGGGAACAGCAGCAGUGACAGGUCCAGCGGGGGUCAGGGUGAAAGGUCAGACAGAGAUGGAGCGCAGGGAGGGAAGGAGGCACGUCCUAACAUCCUGAUGGACAGCAUAGAGGACUCAGAUCUGUUCCAGAGGGAAGACUCAAAGGCUCCACAGGAAAUACAAGAGUUUCUGGCCUGGCAGCAGGACCUGGAGAGUGACAGCAAAAGUCCAACGCAGGACAGGCCCACUGUGUUCAGGUGGGCGGGGGUCGCCAAGGAAGUCUUUGUGUCCGGCUCUUUUAACAACUGGGCCACCAAGAUCCCACUCAACAGAAGCCAGAAGAACUUUACGGCUAUCGUGGACCUGCCGGAGGGAGAGCACCAGUACAAGUUCUGUGUCGACGGUCAGUGGACUCUGGAUCCAACUGGGGCUGUGAUGACGGCUAAAACUGGAACAGUCAAUAACGUUAUCCAGGUGAAGAGAACUGACUUUGAAGUUUUUGAUGCCCUCAGGAUUGACUCCGAGGACUCUGUCGACAUUUCAGACUUGUCCAGUUCCCCGCCCGGCCCCUACCUACAGGAGGCAUAUGUGAUCAAAUCAGAGGACAAGAUCAAACACCCUCCUAUCUUACCUCCACACCUGUUGCAAGUGCUGCUCAACAAGGACACAGUCAUCUCUUGUGACCCAACGCUACUUCCAGAGCCCAACCAUGUGAUGCUCAAUCACCUGUAUGCCCUCUCCAUCAAGGACGGGGUGAUGGUUCUCAGUGCAACACACCGAUACCAAAAGAAGUAUGUGACCACUCUUCUGUACAAGCCAAUAUAACCCACAGAGCCAUGGUCCAGCCUUGUGUGUUGGAACAAUAAUUUGUCUGCUUUUGUACACAGCUAUUACUGUGACUGUUUUCUUCUUCCUGAUAUCAUCUUAAACAUCCUGAUAUAUUUUUAAAAUGUGGUGCAUAUUGUAAUAACUGCAGCCUAAUGCUUCCUUCUUUAUGAAGAUUUUGUGUCAAACAGAAGAAGAAGAAAAAAGAAUAGGUCAAUUGAAGUUUUCAUUGUAACCUCAGUUAAUCCAGAUAUGUCAAUAGAUCAGACACAAUAGACACUGGUCGACUUCAUUUUAGCUCCAGCUUCAAAAGCUAAACUCUGACCCCCCCUACUUCAUAACAUCUUCAUAUGCGAGCAAACAGAUGUGAGGAGACACAGAGGAUGAAAUUCAACAGGAUGGCAAGUCUUUAUUCUUUUUAUUUUAAACUUACUCCUUUGCACAAAAUCCGCCGUGUUUUAUAUCAGGGUUUUAUUUUUAAAUGAGUGAGAAAUAAAGAAUUUGAAAAAAAGAUUUUACAAAUUCAAA